CGCCAGUCAUCUGUAGGAAGUGACUGUGGUAGGAAGGCUUUUCAGCAUUACCCAGGGAAGAGAGAGUGUACAAGUUGAACCGGCUCCCUCAGUGCGGAAGCAGCAAGGGCCUCUUCCCAUUCUUGCUAGAGGCAAAUUGUCUCUGCAAAAAUUUCCUCUCCGGCUUCUUCUCCAUCCUCAGAUCUGACAAUGAAAUCAUACCGCAAGUUGCCCACUCGUGUGACUCAUGCCGCUGGUCCUUAUGGUGAGGAGGAAGAAGAGGAAGAUGAGGGAAACGAACCUGGCUCCUCUGCUGCCAAGAAGACCCUGGCCCUCAGGUGGCAGUGGCUAGGGGCUGCUGUCAUUAUGGCUGCUGUCCUGUUGGGGGGCACCUUCUGGGCCAUCAGUCUGAGGAGACUUCCCACGGAGCCUCCAGGGAAGUGCCUCUCUGUUCCCGAGGCCCAGCGAUUUGACUGCUACCCCGAAUGGGACACAGUGGUGACCCCAGAGCUCUGCCACAUGAGGGGUUGUUGCUUCCUGCAGAGCAGUAGCCGGGGAAGACCACCCUGGUGCUUCUACCCCCCUGAUUUCCCCAGCUACACCUUGAGGACACUGAACCGGACUGAACUAGGCUUCCUGGGUGUGCUGACAAGGACGGCGAAGACAUACUACCCCCGGGAUGUGCUAGACUUGCAGCUGCAGGUGGAUUUGGAGACAGAUACCCGGCUACACAUUAAGCUGACUGAUCCCAACAACUCCAGAUAUGAAGUACCUCUGGAAGUUCCACCAGCCAUGAAAAAAGCAGAGAAUCCCCUCUACAGCCUCGAUUUCUCCAGGGAUCCCUUUGGGAUUUUGGUGAAACGUCGGGGGUCAGGAGUUGUACUGUUGAACACAACUGUGGCCCCAUUAAUCUUUGCUGACCAGUUCCUCCAAAUCUCCACCCUUCUUCCAUCUGAGUUCCUCUAUGGACUGGGGGAGCAUCGCCAUGGCUUCCUUCACCAUUUCGACUGGACCACCCUGAGUUUUUGGGCCCGGGAUGUCCCACCCACGGAGUCAUACAAUCUUUAUGGGGUGCACCCCUUCUACCUGAGUGUGGAGGAGGCAGGAUCCGCUCAUGGUGUUUUCCUCCUGAAUAGCAAUGCUAUGGAGGUGGUUCUGCAGCCUGCUCCAGCCCUGACAUGGAGGACAGUUGGGGGGAUUCUGGAUUUCUACAUCUUCUUGGGGCCAGAUCCAAGUUCUGUUGUCCGGCAGUACCAGCAGGUCAUAGGCUUCCCUACUAUGCCGCCUCUCUGGGCACUUGGUUUCCAUCUUUGCCGCUGGGGUUAUGGUAGCAGUAACCAGACAUGGCAGACGGUGAAAAACAUGAGGAACUAUCUCAUCCCACAGAAUGUAAGUCCUUUGAAGAAACGUAGGAAGAAAACCAAGAAGGAGCAGUUAGUCUCUCUCAUUUUACAGGAUGCCCAGUGGAAUGACAUUGACUACAUGGAAGGAUCUCGGGAUUUCACAGUUGACCCAGAGCAUUUUGGCACACUCCCCCAGCUAGUGAUGGACCUUCACAAGCAUGGGCAAUACUACGUUGUAAUUCUGGACCCUGCUAUCAGCAGCACUCAAGCUGCUGGCACUUACCCACCUUACGACGAAGGUUUGAAGAAAGGGAUCUUCAUUAACAACACCCAUGGGCAGCCGUUGAUUGGAGAGGUGUGGCCUGGCCUUACUGUGUUCCCUGACUUCUCCAACCCAGAGACGCAUCAGUGGUGGCUAGAGAAUCUGAAUGUAUUCCACGCAAGAGUUCCCUUUGAUGGACUCUGGAUUGACAUGAAUGAACCAUCUAACUUCAGGGAUGGUUCAGUGGAUGGUUGUACCUCAGGAGAACUGGAUAAUCCACCCUACAAACCUGCGGUGCUGGGAGGAUCUUUAGUUUCUAAGACAAUCUGUGCCUCUGCAAAGCAAAAUCUCUCCUCCCACUAUAACCUUCAUAACCUGUAUGGGCUGAUGGAGGCCAAAGCUACUGCCAGUGCCUUGAUUGCUAUCCGUGGGAAGCGCCCAUUUGUCAUUUCCCGAUCCACCUUUCCUGGUCAAGGCCGCUACUCUGGCCACUGGCUGGGGGACAACAGGAGUGAGUGGAAGGACAUGUACUGGUCAAUCCCAGGUCUGCUCAACUUCAAUCUUUUUGGGAUUCCCCUUGUUGGGGCUGAUAUCUGUGGGUUUUCAGGAUCUACAACUGAGGAACUAUGUACUCGAUGGAUGCAGCUUGGAGCCUUUUAUCCAUUUGCCCGAAACCACAAUUCCAAAGAUGUGAAGGCCCAGGAUCCGGCUGUGUUCAGCUCCCCGGCUCGAACAGCAAUGAAGGAAGCACUUAUGACCCGCUAUGCCCUGCUGCCCUACCUCUAUACCCUCUUUCACCAUGCUCACCGCUGGGGUGACACUGUGGCUAGGCCCCUCUUCUUUGAAUUUCCACAAGACACAAACACCUAUGCCCUGGAUAGGCAGUUCUUAUGGGGACGAAAUCUCUUGGUGACUCCUGUACUGGAGCCAGGUGCAGAUGCAGUGACUGGCUACUUCCCCAGUGGAGUGUGGUAUGACUAUUAUACGGGCUCAUCUCUGCAAAGCCAAGGAGAAAAAGUGAAGUUGGCAGCUCCUCUUAACCAUGUAAAUGUACAUAUUCGUGAAGGUGCUGUUCUCCCCACGCAGAAACCAGACAUCACCAGCUGGAUGAGCAGUGGAAACCCCUUGCUUUUGGUGGCUACUCUUUCCCAGGAGGGCAAGGCUCGGGGGGACCUUUUUUGGGAUGAUGGGGAGAGCCUGGAUACCUUUGAGAGAGGCAACUAUUCCUAUGUGGUGUUUAACGUCUCACAGAAUGUUUUCACAUCCACCAUCCUUCACUGCAAUUUGGAAGCCAUUUACAUUGCCGUGGAUGGCCUGACAGUCUACGGAGUGCAGAAACAGCCUCAGGUGGUCACCGUCAAUGGCCAAAAAAUUCCCUUCUCCUACCUGAAGAACCAGGUUCUCAGCAUGAGUGGCCUUAAUUUGAAUCUCUGCCGGUCCUUCUCUAUCACAUGGAUUUGAGAUCCCAGAACUUGUGCCUAGGACUAGGGAAGAUUUGCCGUUCUUGCUCACUAUGUCCCAAAGUGCAAAUGUCUGUGCAUGUGUGUGUGUGCUUGUAUGUGUGGGUAACAAAAGAGCCUGACAUGGAGGUGCCCGGUGUCUUCCCUGCAUCCCAACAUGCAGCUGCUGGAAGGUCUCCCUGUCUGUAGCAGCUCAGGAAUAAUCCUCCCUUUCCAAACCAGACAGCAGACACUGCAACUGCCCUAACAACUGUCAAAGGCUUUAAACCCCCAAGACCCUCCGCCCAGAACUGUGAUUAUGUCAGAUCACACACUUGGCAUGGGUUCCCUUAUAGGACCUCAGCCAAGGUUUUCCAUUUCAAAACUUGUCUGCACUUUACCCACUGGCAUAGGUCCCUCCCUGCAACCAAGUGGGGAGCGUAUGCUCUUCAUUGGGACCUCAGAAAUGCUGUUCUUUCCUGCUGCUAAGGUUUGAUGGAAAGAUGGUAUUUCAUGGUGGUGGAGGGGGGGGGGAUUUUUAUCCUAGUGAUUCUUGACUUGGUUCCAUAGACUAUUCCCCAGCAGUGCCUGUAUAUAUCCCCUACAGAAAAUGCUCCUUCCUCUUGAUAGCCCUUAGAGGCUGGUGGGUGGGCUUGUCAUUGUCAGACUCUCUAGCUACGAGAGUCUGUGCAACCUUAGAAAGCUUGAGGAGCACAAAGAGAGGCAUGCAGACCUGGGGUCAGGAAUUCUCACAUGGUCUGAAACAUACUGUAAAUACACUUGUGUAAUUCUUUUGGUUUUUCGCUGUAACAAAAAAAAAUUAAUAAAUAAGUCCCAUAAAGGGAUGUUCAUGUCUCAGGCA